AUGCCAACAACGGAAAAAACACUGAUGUUCUUAUCGAGCUUCUUUACAAGCUUCGGGUCAUUCAUCGUGGUCUGCUCCAUGCUCGCAACCCCAGAAUGGGUCAGCAGUAGAAUCGCCAUCAGUGACUCUUCCUCAAACGGUAGUCUUGUUAUCACCUACGGGCUUUUUCGUGGACAAAGUCGCCAAGAAUUCAGUCAUGGACUUGAGGAAUCACAAAAAAGCUUUGAAGUUCUAGAGAAGCUGAACAGUUCUUCCCAAAGAACUCUGCACCUGCUGGUUAUCCUGCUCUUGGCGCUCAGCCUGUGUGCUUCGCUGCUGAGUUCUGGCUUCACCUUCUACAACAGCAUCAGCAACCCCUACCAGACGUUCCUGGGGCCCGUGGGCGUGUACACCUGGAGCGGCCUUGCUGCGGUCUUCGUUUUCCUGGCCAUGAUACUGUUCGUGGUGAACACACAAUCCGAUCGUCUCUCCGAAGAGCUGGCCCAGACGCUGUACCCGCUGUAUCCCAUGGCCACCUACAAAGGAACGACCCACAGCUAUGGUUACUCGUUCUGGCUCACGCUGCUUGUCAUUCUCCUAAGUGUUGUCACCACGGUGAUCAUUGUUUUCUACCAGAAGGCCAGACAGCAGCGGAAACAGGAGCAGAAAAAGCCGAUGGAAUAUGCUCCAAGAGACGGAAUUUUAUUCUGA